GAGGCAGAGGAGUGUUUUACAGUUUUACAGUGAGACAGCAGACGAAACAACCACAGAAGCAGUAUUCAGACCUAGGGAGCUACUGAGAGGUGAAACGUUGAAUUCGGGCAUACGAUACAGAGUGUGCACUUGUAUGAGAGAAAGAGUUCUGACUGUGUCUAGUUUGACUUCUCUGUCGCUGUCUCUCGGCGGCUUGACUUGUGUUUAAUCUACUUUGUAUGUACACACUGUUUUGAGACUUAAUCAAUGCUUCAUCAACUCAAAGAUGCAGCCAAGGGGCUGCUGCGAUGGCUGCGCUCUCGGGAGUCCUCGGAGCCGGAGAGCAAAACACGCGAGAUGUCAGUGGAGGAAGGGAAAGCCUUGGCGCAUCGGUUCCAGGUGAUCGAGUCAUGCGUGGGACUGUUGGGCUGUUUGUUUGUGAUGGUCGCAGUAUGGACUCCUUUCUGGCUAGGUAGCCAAGGACUCUGGACAGUGGUCAACACCACCAGCUCCGACAACGAGUGGACUGUCCAGGACAGGGGCUGGACAGGAGACAGAGUUAUCAAAGCACUGAGCGAGUCUUCGCGGGUCUUCGCAGUGCUGGCUGUCGUGAUGGCUGUCUGCUCGGGAGUUCUGUGCCUCAUCUUCGCCCUCUGCUGGACACACGACACGGUGCACACAUACACCAACGCGCGCUCUCUCCUCAUGGUAGGGACAGCUCUCAAGCCCACCACUCUGCUGCUCAUCACCCUUAGUUUAACAGGUAUGUAUAUGUAUUGCCGUCUGUGUUUGUGUGUGUGUGCAUGUGUGUUUGUAUUUGUAUUUGUGUGUGAAGGUGUGUGUGUGUGUGUGUGUGUGUUUUGCACAUGUCUUUAAUGUACAGUAUGUCUGUGUUUGAGAGGGGAGGAGUGGAGAUGGUGUACACAUGGACAAUUUACAUGCAUGCAACAUACAUGUUUAACUGUCACCAUGUCUGUACAUAUUGACUGUGUGUGUGUGUGUGUGUGUGUGUGUGUGUGUGUGUUUUCAUGGCUGUCUCAAUGUGUAUCUGUGUUUAUAAUGUAUGUUUGUACAUAUGUACAUGUGUGAUGUUAGUGUUCAGUGUUCAGUGUACAGUGUCUGUCUCUCUGUAUGCACUUAUGUGUGUCAUGUUUUGCAUGUGUGUGU